AUGUCUGUGACUCUCCUUCGCGUUUCCUUGGUGGAAACGUCACGACUUGCGAAUAAUGUGCCUGUGCCACCGUUCCACCGCAACGUCGCCUCGCCUCUCUGCCCGUCCGUAUGCUCUCCGUUUCCACUCCGUAUGCUCCCCAUCUCCAUCUUCCUCGUCUCCUCCCGCCCCAUCUUCAUUCCCGACGCUGCCGACCCCAUUUGUUUGAACCGCAAGAGCGACAGUCUCGUCAUGAUCUCCUGGCCCUCCCUCCUCGUCCUUCUCCACCUCGUCCUUCUGACGAGCACGAGCUCGGGGGCGCCCGUGGCGAAAACAAGCAUUGCGCAGCUGAGCCAAGAUAUCGUCGCCGUGGACAGAUCCUUCCAGAAACUCUUCCAGCUUGCGUCCAACUACACGGCGGGCGCCCGCGACGCGAGACCGCAGAUUUCCCUCCUCCAGACCCUCUACUACGACCUCGCGCUCGCCACCAUACACGCGGACCGGUUGCCGAACCCCCUCGCCGCCGCCGAUGCCGUGAGCCUUCUCCUUCUGCUCAACGGUACCCUCGCCGUCGACGAGCCCCCCGCCGUCGACGCACUCGUCGGCAAGAGUGCUGCCUUGCGGGAUGCGCUCGUCGACGGUUUCUUCCUGCCCGGGCUGCGGAUGCUGCUGGCGCGGCACGAAACCGUGACAAGCCGAAUUUUCCUUCGCAUGCCCGGGGAUGUGCCGCUCAAUGUCGUGGCCCAGGGCAAGGCGGAUGUGGCCUUGAUUUCGGAGGCCUUGCGCAGAGGUAUAACUGCCUUUGCCAGCAUCGCCGCGGCACGCCCGACCGGGACGGUGAGCGUUGGGGAGACGGGUGAUGCCGCCGUCGUGGCCAAUGCCGUACCGAAAGUGACAUAG